UACGGGCAAGUCUCUAUCUCCCUUGCAGUUGCUCGAACACUGAAGAGGCUCCUCUCCCAAACUCUGCUCGCCUUUCCUCUUCGUUUAGAGAGAGAAAGAGAAGAGAAGAGGGACAGAGAGAAAAAGGAAUGCUGCUUUUCCUUCGCUUCUGCGCUGUACUCUUCUGCCUCCUCCUCCUCGUGAGCCUUGGCCUCUGUGGAGACCCUUUUACCUUCUUUAACUGGGAAGUCUCUUAUCUCACUGCCUCUCCCCUUGGAGUGAAGCAACAGGUUAUUGGUAUUAAUGGGAACUUCCCAGGACCUACUGUGAAUGCAACCACAAACUGGAACCUUGUAAUAAAUGUCCAAAACAAUUUGGAUGAGCCUUUACUUCUUACAUGGAAUGGAAUACAAGUUAGAAGAAACUCUUGGCAGGAUGGUGUCUUAGGGACAAACUGCCCUAUUCCAUCUGGGUGGAAUUGGACAUAUCAAUUUCAAGUUAAAGAUCAAAUUGGGAGCUUUUUUUAUUUCCCUUCCAUCCAUUUCCAAAGAGCAGCUGGUGGCUACGGUGGAAUCAUUGUUAACAAUAGAGAAGUUAUUCCCGUACCUUUUGGGACACCAGAUGGAGAUAUUACACUGUUCAUAAGUGAUUGGUAUACCAGAAGCCAUAAGGAUUUGCGGAAGGCCCUUGAAGAUGGCAAUGACCUUGGGAUUCCUGAUGGAAUUCUCUUCAAUGGAUUGGGGCCCUAUCGCUACAAUGAGACUAUUGUUCCUGCCGGGAUUAGUUAUGCAAAGAUAGAUGUCGAACCAGGUAAAACAUAUCGUAUUCGAGUUCACAAUGUGGGCAUGAGGACUAGCCUAAACUUCCGAAUCCAGAAUCAUAAUUUGCUCCUUGUGGAAACUGAAGGUUCCUACACAAUCCAACAAAAUUAUACAAAUAUGGAUAUCCAUGUUGGGCAGUCCUACUCAUUCUUGGUCACUAUGGAUCAAAAUGCUAGUAGUGACUACUAUAUUGUUGCAAGUCCUCGGCUUUUCAAUCCAGCUGCAUCAUGGACAGGAUUAAUUGGUGUUGCCAUCUUACACUAUUCCAAUUCCCAGGGUCCUGCGUCAGGUCCGCUUCCAGAUCCUCCGAAUGAUGAAUAUGACAAGUACUUCUCAAUGAACCAGGCAAGAUCCAUCAAGUGGAAUGUCUCUGCUGGUGCCGCUCGUCCUAAUCCACAGGGGUCAUUUAAGUAUGGUCAGAUUCCUGUCACAGAUGUGUAUGUGUUGCUUAAUAGAGCUCCAGAGAUGAUAAAUGGGAAGCCACGGACCGCUCUUAAUGGGUUGUCAUAUAUUGCACCAACAACACCUCUAAGGCUUGCCCAACAGUUCAAUGUUCCUGGAGUUUUCAAGCUUGAUUUCCCAAACCAAAUGAUGGAUAGACCACCGAAACUGGACACAUCUAUAAUCAAUGCUACAUAUAGAGGGUUUUUUGAAAUUAUUUUCCAGAAUAAUGACACGUCUGUGCAAAGCUACCACUUGGAUGGAUAUGCAUUUUUUGUUGUUGGAAUGGACUAUGGAGAGUGGACUGAGAACAGCAGAGGCACUUAUAACAAAUGGGAUGGAGUUGCUCGAUGCACAACACAAGUGUUUCCUGGUGCAUGGACGGCAAUUUUAGUCUCUCUCGACAAUGAUGGCAUGUGGAACUUGCGGACACAGAAUUUGGAUUCGUGGUACCUUGGACAGGAGACAUACAUGAGUAUUGUCAAUCCAGAGAUAAAUGGCAAGACCGAGAUGCCCUUGCCUGAUAAUGCCCUAUAUUGUGGGGUCCUCUCAAGCAUGCAAAGGCCACAGUCACACAAGUGGAGCUUCUCUCAUUCAGCACCAAUUCUGAGACAUCGAGUUUUUAUGACUGCGCUUCUCACUACAGUAGCCAUAAUGUUUGUUUGAGAUCCUUAAUUUUCAUGUGCUAGCAAUGUUAGUUUCGUUGUACCAAUAGACUUUUUGUUCCUUAUGUUUUACAUUUACCAAUGUACACAUUUUUGAGAAAUGAGAGACUUGGAGAGAUUGAUAAU